GAAAAUAUAAAAUUGAAUACUUAGUUACAAAAUUCAGUGUUACUGAAAAUGGCGUCCAAAGUAGUUUUGGUUCUUGUGUUAGCACUUCUGGCAUGCAUCGCAGCAGAGAAGCAGGAAACACGUUCAAUAGAAAUCGAAAAUGCAUUAGAUGGCAUUUUCCGAUCAUUUAUACCCGCAGAAAAGAGAUCUGUCGAUGCCCAAAUAGGUAUAGAUGUUAACAACACUGUAGAGAAGCUUGUGGAGGCAGUAAGUGAACUCAUACACAUCAACGUAGAAGUAAAUAAUAAUCCUCGAAGUCGAGAUGUAUCUCUCAAAGCUGCCCGAGAUGUUGUUUUCGAGAUUACUUCAAACUUAAAUGAAUUCAUAAAGUUUAUACUCAACUACUUCCUUACCAAUUUACAACAAAUGGUUGGUCAGCUGAUAUUGUCGCCUGUACGAUCAUUACUGGACAGUCUCCUGAACUGGCUUUUGCCAUGUGGUGUCACUUGCGCAGUUUUAGCUGAUUGAAUAUUUGUUGUUUAAUUAAGACAUAAUUAAUAAUUUAGGGAUGAUUUUAAAAAGGCCAUUCAAAUUUAAAUAAAAAAGUAAUGAUAUUAA